UCGGGGUGCCCGGACGGGGCCGGUCUGUCUCCCGCUGCACCUCGGGGCUCGCCGGGUUUCCGCCGCUCGGGUGCCGCCCGCCCGGAAGGCGCCGCAGGUGAGGCCGCCGGGGCGGGCCGGGCCGGGCAGGGUGCGGAGCCCCGGGGCCGGUGCCGCAGCGGGCAGGUGCCGGGGCUCUUCCCCCGCCGCCGCCGCGCCGAGCGCCGGCCAUGUCGCGGAGCGCCUCGUCCCCGCCGCCCGCCGGCUCCUCGCCGCCGCCGCUGCCCCUGCAGCCGCCCUGCGGCCCUGUCGGCGGGGCGGACGAGCUCAAGCCGGUGCGGCGGUUCGUCCCCGACUCCUGGAAGAACUUCUUCAGGGGCAGGCGCGGCCGGGAGGCCGGCUGGGGCAGCACGGCGUCCGACAUCAGGUACGUGUCGGACGGGGUCGAGUGCUCGCCGCCCGCAUCGCCCGGCCCGAGGCGGGCAGAGCCCAGGUCGGUGCCCGGCUCCUACAGGGACCCCUAUGGAGGAUCGGGCGUCAGCUGCCCCUCGAGGAAGGAGGCCGAAGCCAUGCUGCGCGGGGACUCGCUGGGGUCGCUGGAGCACUGCGCUCCCACUGGCAUGACCUACAGCGAGCGGGUGGAGGCCUACCACCAGCGGUACGCCUACAUGAAGUCCUGGGCUGGCCUGCUCAGGAUCCUCUGCGUGGUGGAGCUGCUGCUGGGCGCCGCCGUCUUCGCCUGUGUGACGGCCUAUGUACACAAGGACAAUGAGUGGUACAACAUGUUUGGGUACUCGCAGCCCUACAGCUAUGGGGCCGGCGGCACCUACGGAGGCUACUACUACAGUGGACCCAAAACUCCCUUUGUCCUGGUAGUAGCUGGUGUGGCGUGGAUAGUCACCAUCGUGCUGCUGGUGCUUGGCAUGUCGAUGUACUACCGGACCAUCCUCCUCGAUUCCAGCUGGUGGCCACUAACUGAGUUUGGCAUUAACGUGGCCAUGUUCUUUCUGUACAUGUCGGCGGGCAUAGUAUAUGUCAAUGACAUCAACCGAGGUGGUCUCUGCUAUUACCAGUUGUUUAAGACUCCGAUAAAUGCCUCUUUUUGCCGCGUAGAAGGGGGUCAGACAGCAGCAAUCAUCUUCUUGUUCGUCACAGUGGUUGUCUAUCUGAUUAGUGCAUUGGUUUGUCUGAAGCUGUGGAGGCACGAAGGAGCCAGGAGGCACCGGGAGUUAAUGGAACGAGAGAUGAAAACACAGUCGUCUUUACCAGAAAAGAAGUAUGACAGUGAUGAUGGACCAAGAGAAGAGGCCAAUUACAGGCAGCUUAAAUCAGUGGAAAGGAAACAGGAACUACUUAAUGGUCAUAUACCUGCAGGCCACAUUCCUAAACCUAUAGUGAUGCCAGACUACUUAGCGAAAUACCCAGCAAUUCAAACAAAUGAAAUGCGAGACCGGUACAAAGCAGUAUUCAAUGAUCAGUUUGCUGAGUAUAAAGAACUGUCUGCGGAAGUUAAUGCUGUAUUAAAAAAAUUUGAUGAGCUGGAUGCAUUGAUGAGACAGCUUCCUCAUCAUCCUGGAAGUAUAUAUGAACAGGAAAGGAUAUCAAAAGUUCUGCAAGAAUACAAGAAAAAGAAAAACGAUCCUGCAUUUCUGGAGAAAAAGGAGCGUUGUGAAUACCUAAAGAAUAAGCUUUCUCACAUAAAACAACGAAUUCAGGACUAUGAUAAAGUUAUGAAUUGGAAUGUACAAAUUUAGCAGUGCCUUGACGUCGGGGAUACUACUUUCUAGUUUUUAAAUCAAUAUGCAUAUUUUAAAAUAUUUAUUUACUUUCAGAACUGUACACUUUCUAUGGGGAUAACUGCCUAAUCAUUUUGUCACUUAUUUAGAUAUUGUACGUUAUGGUCAGGUUUUGUAUGCAGAUCAGUUAUAAGUCCUUGUUUAGAAUACCAGUGUUAACAUUCUGCUCUCAUCAGCCAGUACACAGACUGGCCUCUUAAGAAUGCAUACUUUAUUUGAAAAUACUGUAUCUGCAGAGUCCACUAGAAAAAGCAGUUCUAAAUACUGUGUCAAAAGUGUGCAUAUAAAUGCUGUAACAAUUUCAGAUUUUAUGUAUAGAUGACAUCUUAAUGGUAUCAGAAAGAGUUGAGCUGUUCCUUGUGGCUGGGGUUUGGUAGGGUAAUUCAUGACAUAGAAGUACUCUAUAGAAUUAUUUUCUACUUGGAAAGUAGGAAAUUGGUUUUAUAAGACUACUGUAUUUUCAAAUUCUCUGCUGUAUGUCAGAAGUUAUCUGGAAUUUUACCUAAUAAGGGAUGCAGAAUAAGUUCCCGUUUAAGCAAUCAUUGUAUGGUGGGUUUUGUUUUUUUUAUGCUCCUCUGUAGAGAUGGCACAACAAAUACGUGACCUCAAGGGAAGAGAGGUACAGGGUUGGAAUCAUGUUUAGUGGUCCACUAGCAUUGCUAGUGUUCUCUACAUACAUUUUAGUGUUCAUCUUAGUAGGUUUCUGUGGGCUUAAAGAAAAGGAAAACAUGCCUUUUCUUUGUCAGCAAGAUACAGGACUUUUUGUUUUGGAAAAGUGUUAAGAUUCCCUUGGUGCAGGUGUUUGAGAACUCAUUAUUCAGAAAAUGAAAUUGUUUCCCAUUUGAAGUAUAAAUUACUAGCAUCUUUUAUAAGGGCAGGUAGGAUGUUUUGUGUAUUUUCUAAAGCAUAAAUUUUCAUAUUGUGUCUUGGAGAUACAGGUUUGUAUAUGCAAAUCUUCUCACAAGUCAGUGAAUUCUCUUCUUUGUAUGCUUUUUCACAUCUUUGUUUACUCUUUUACUUAGUAAAAUUGUUAAAAGCAUUGAUAGUUUCUUUGUACAGUUUUCUGUAACUCCAAGUUGACCUUUCUGAAAUACAUUUUAAUUAAAAAAAGGCAGUGUAACUAUGUUAUUCUAUUGUUCCUAAAGGCAUUUGGUUGGAAAAGAGGUGCUCUGCUUAAGGUUAUUUUAAUACUUGUUUUACUGAUUGUGUUUUCUUCAAAAGGAAAGGUUUCAACUCUGGCAUUAAUGUAACGGGAGGGUGUAGGAAAGCUGUUUCCAGUUUAGAACAGUGAUGGUAGUGUCAGUGUUGCCACCAUUUUCAGUGUUGGAAGUGCAUUGCUAUACCUCGCUCUGAGAGUUAAAUUCCCUUUUGAGUUUUGAGCCCUUAUCAUUCAUGAUGCAAUCAUGAUGGCUGCAAACUCACAUUCGUAUUUAUGAAGUUGACAUUCCAGUUUUAUCAGCCACUUAAAUUCCAUGAGUUUUAGUGGAUGAAGUAAACAAUACAAGACACUCUGGGAACAGAGUUAGAAAACUUGGCACCUCUUCAUUUGAAAAAACUUCAGUCUGAUCCACCUGAACAGUCUUUCAGUAUUUCUGUCAGUCUGAGGUCAGACAAUAGUAAGUGUUAUCCUUUGUUCUCCUAUUUGUCUCAAUUGUCUCUUCUUCAGGCACCUCUCCUUUUCAAAGAGGAGGAAACCCUUCUACCUUAUAAAGGAGCUAGACCAAGUGUUUUAUACCUAUUGUGCUUUACAUAUUUUAAAAAAUUAACUUUUGUUUGUAAGCUCGUUGUCCAAGACUGCAAUCUAAAUCCCCUUUCACAGUACACUCAGGUUUCUUGUUCUCAGUAGAAAUUCUGGGCUUUGUGUCAGUACCAGUAGACAACUAAUCGAAGUUUAAGGAUCAACUGAUGUUUAUAAAAUGCUAAAAAAGAAGCUUACUAUGUUUUCUGUAGAAUCAUAGAAUGGUUUGGGUUGGAGGAGACCUUUAAAGAUCAUCUAAUCCACCACCACAGGUUGUGAAAAGCCCCAUCCAACCUGGUGGAAGGGGCAUCAACAACUUCCCAGGGCAACCUGCUCCUGUAUCUAACCUCCCUCAUAGUAAAGAAUGUCUUCCAUAUGUCUAAUCUAAAUCUAACCUUUUUUUCAGUUUAAAACCAUUACCUUUUGUCCUGUCGCUACAGUUAAAAUGUCUAGCUCCAUCUUUCUGAUAAACUCCUUGUGUAUAUUGAAACAUUGCAAUUGUAGAAUUGUAGAAUGGCUCAGGUUGGAAGGGACCUUAAAGACCAUCCCCAAUUCCCCUGCCAUAAGCAGGGACACCUCCCACCAGACCAAGUUGCCCAAAGCCCCAUC